GUGAUUACAGUGGAUUUAGACGUCGACUGCGGCAGAUGAAGAUGAAGAGCAGUUCUGAGACGGUGAAUCGUGUCUCAGACGUCGGAAGGUGAACUGGAGUCUGUCAGUGACAUCAUCAGCAGGUGACACCCUUCCCAUGGUGCCCUGCAGCCUUUGGGAUCGCCAUGGGAGACGAGUUGUACCCAGAAUGCCGCGCUCAGCAGCUGUUCGAUGAGUUUGUGUCGUCACUGACUUGCAGGGCGGCGCUGUGGUCCUUCAGCCAGCUGUGUGAACAUCUGCAGCUGGACAGGACCGCCGCUGAGAGGCCGCUGUACCAACUAAUCAAACACCGCCUCAACUACUGGAAGGCCAACGCUCUGUGGGCCAAACUGGACCGCAGAGCUGCUCAGGAGGAGUACCAGAGGGCCCGAGUGUGCAGCAACACCACAUGUGUGAUCAUCGGGGCGGGGCCAUGCGGUCUAAGGACAGCGGUGGAGUUGAGCUUCAUGGGAGCUCGAGUGGUGCUGCUGGAGAAGAGAGACUCCUUCUCCAGGAACAACGUCCUCCACCUGUGGCCCUUCACCAUCCACGACCUGCGAGGGCUCGGCGCGAAAAAGUUUUACGGAAAGUUCUGCGCUGGCUCCAUCGACCACAUCAGUAUCCGUCAGCUGCAGCUGGUCCUGCUAAAGGUUGCCUUACUGCUGGGGGUUGAAGUCCACGUCAACGUGGAGUUUAAAAACCUUGUGGAGCCACCGAAAGAUCAGCACAGACACAAGGUGGGAUGGAGAAUGGAGGUGAGCCCAAAGUCUCAUCCUGUCAGUCAGCUGCAGUUUGAUGUCAUCAUCGGAGCAGACGGACGCAGGAACACUUUGUCAGGUUUCAGGCGGAAAGAGUUCAGAGGGAAGUUGGCGAUCGCCAUUACAGCAAACUUUAAAAACAGAAACAGCACAGCUGAGGCCAAAGUGGAGGAGAUCAGUGGAGUGGCUUUUAUCUUCAACCAGAGGUUCUUCCAGGAACUACGACAGGAAACGGGGAUUGAUCUGGAGAACAUUGUUUACUACAAAGAUGAUACUCACUACUUUGUGAUGACGGCAAAGAAACAGAGUCUCCUGGAGAAAGGAGUCAUUAAACAGGACUUCGCAGACACUGAGCUGCUCCUCUCUCGGGGGAAUGUGGACCAGAAUGCAUUGCAGACGUACGCCUGCGAGGCUGCUGCCUUCUCCACCAAUCACCAGCUGCCAUCUCUGGACUUCGCCAUGAAUCACUACGGUCAGCCGGAUGUUGCCAUGUUUGACUUCACCUGCAUGUACGCGUCCGAGAAUGCCGCCAUGGUCCGCCAACGCCAUGGACACCAGCUGCUGGUCACACUGGUGGGAGACAGUCUGCUGGAGCCCUUCUGGCCAAUGGGAACAGGGAUCGGUCGAGGGUUUCUGGCAGCUCUCGAUUCAUCCUGGAUGAUCCGACAUUGGUCUCUUGGAGGAGCUCCUCUGGAGGUCCUGGCAGAAAGCUCCUCUCUGACAGAUUCGUUGUCUCAGUCCAAUCAGCUGCUGACUUGGUGUCAGGAACAGACUCGUGGUUACCGUGGCGUUGCCGUUAACGACCUGACUACUUCCUGGAAGAGUGGUCUCGCUCUGUGUGCUCUGAUUCAUCGAUAUCGACCCAAUGUCAUUGACUUUGAAUCUCUGGAUCAAUCAGCGGUGGAGGCUAACACGUGGCUUGGCUUUGACGUGGCUGAGCGGGUGUUUGGGAUUUCUCCUCUGCUCACAGUGGAGGAAAUGUCGUCAGUCGGAGAGCCGGACUCUCUGUCCAUGGUGAUGUACCUGAGUCAGUUCUACCAGCUGCUUAAAGACAUGCCGCCCCCUGCAGGUUGUCUGAGUCGGAGUUCUGACCUGAGAUCAGCUCUCAUCACUCCGGCUUCUCUCCUCAGCAGACUGGGACUGAGUCCGUCAAGAAAGAGAAAUCCAAAGGAGCAGACUGACUCUCGUGGUAAAAGGAUGAAGACCAGUGGAGUGUAUCGAGAGCAGCAGGAGUCAUGUGACCCAGAUACGGAUGAGGAGACUUUUGUGGGCGGGUCCAGUCAUUCCAGAGUGCGUCUGAUGGCCAAUCAGCUGCAGGCAAAGCUGGACGAAAGCUUGACUUCCCGCAGGACUUCUUCUGCUGCUGCAGCAGCUCUACGUCAACAGAGGAAGCGAACUCGUCAGCAGGAACAGAUGAGUUUUCGGUUCAAAGAGAAGUUGAAGUUUCAGUCCGACCUCAGCGUGGACAAGCAGUGUCUGCAGAUGUACACUGGUGGAGUAAGCUCAUUGGCUGAGCGGAUAACAAAUCAGGUGCUAAGCCAGGAGGAAGUGACCUUGUCGUCGGGCUGUUUCUUCUGUCAGAAGAGAGUUUAUCUGAUGGAGCGUUUGUGUGCUGAAGGUUUCUUCUUCCAUCGAAGUUGUUUCCAGUGUUUCCAGUGCAGCAGCACGCUGAGACUGGCAGCUUACGCCUUCAACCAGGACACAGGGAGGUUUUAUUGCCUUCAGCACGCAGACUGUCGUCUGAACGUGACAGCGGCGAGGAAGAGGACGCCGGCGUCCGACGGAGCUUCACGCAAAACAUCAACAGUGUCUCUAGCCUCAGCUCCGUCCUCUGCAGACUCUCUGGUCUCUGCAGACCGCCGUCGGUCCUCAGGUGUAUCCAUGAUGGCGGCAGUGACGCUGGAGAGGAUCGAGUUCGAAAACUGGCAGAGCUCGACAAGAGUGGAGGAGGAGCUGCUGGAGGAGCCCGAGGAGGUCUCUGAGGAAACCCUGACCCGGUUCAACCUGGACCACAGAUCCAGCUCAGAGAGCAGCCAACCAUGUCAUGUGACCUCAGAGGAUGCCAGAGCCUCAUGCAAGGAGACGCUGCAGCUCCAUCUGAGAGAUGAGGGAGAGGAGGAGGAGGAGGAAGAAGAAGAAGAAGAAGAAGAAGAGGAGGAGGAGGAGGAGGAGGAGGAGGAAGAAGAAGAAGAAGAGGAGGAGGAGGAGCAGGAGGAGGAGGAGGAGGAGGAAGAAGAAGACAAGGAAGAAGAAGAGGAGGAGGUGGAAGGGGAGGAGGGAAGUAGUGAGGUGGAGUCCAGUGACGAGGGUGAGUACAGCCCCCAGGACAUGGAGCGACAGUCCGGCCUGUGGCUCCUGUUAGAGGAGGAGACAGAGGAGGAGCUUUCAUCAGUAGCAGGAAGUGACAUCACACACCGUGGCACACCUGUGGACUCCAGCGUGGCCUGCAUUACCUCCUCCACACCUUCAUCUAAGACUCCGCCCUUCACCGCCUCCUUUGUUACCACGCCUGACUCCGACACAGCUCCGCCCACACAACUUACACCUGUCGUUGUCAUGGAAACAGCUGUCGCAGGGAGUGGCUUCUUUGAUGAUGUCACCCCUGAGCUGCCACAGAAGAACCCGCUCAUGCAGGUGACAGGGACGUCAGAUGAGGAGGCAGCGACGUCCGAGGGGGUGAGGAGGAGGAGACAUAGAGGAGCCCACAGCCUCCCCCCUUGCCUCUUCCUCUCCCCCCUACAAGAUGGCGGUGAGGCACUCCUCCAGGUGAAGGGGCUCAGAGAAGCUCCGCCCCCUGUGCUGGUGGAUAUGGAAGGGGGCGGGGCCAGAGCCCUUUGGAGGGCAGUGUUCUCUGGAAACAGGAAGCAGAAGAAGAAGAAGUGGGGCAGGACGAUACCUCCAGGAGCAGACAGGGUGAAGGAGGAUGCAGCCAAUCAGAGGAGAGCUACAGGUGUGAGUCUUACAGAGUCUGGUUUGAACUCCACAACGCUGCUGCAGAGGAGAGUCCGAAACAACCCUCUGUAUGUCCCUCACGCUCUGGCUUUUAAACGCGCAUAUGCCAUCAAGAAACGCUCCCUGAAAGCCAAAAUCCCCAUCCAGGACUCUGAUGGACAGUCCUCGUGCUCCACAGAGGUGGUGGGCAUCCUGGCCCAGCCGAAGGAGCCGUCCAGCCUAAGUGUAAAGGAGACGAUGUUCCAGAGGGACGAAGACAAAGAUGAAGACCUGGACACCAAAAUCACCAGACGAGUUCAGAGAGCUGCUCGACAAAAGGCCAAACAGGAACAACUGAAAAGACUCCACAAGGCUCAGAUGAUCCAGAGACAGCUGCAGCAUGUGGAGGAGAAACAGAGACAGUUGGAGGAGAAAGGAGUGAAGGUGGAGCGAGCUCUGAGAGGAGAAGCGGAUUACUGGGGAGAAUCCAACGACGAUGACGAGGUUCACUUGACAGGUCUGGGUAAAGCUGAUGAUCCGGCUCUCAUGCAGCGGUGGUUCCAGUUGGUCCAGCAGAAGAACUCUCUGGUUCGAUAUGAAUCUGAACUCAUGAUACUUGCUCGAGAGUUGGAGCUGGAGGACAGACAGAGUCGACUGCAGCAGGAGCUCCGGGAACGGAUGGCGGUGGACGAUCAUCUGAAGGAGGAGUGGGAGCUGGUGGAGGAGCGUCUGAUUCUGGAGGAGAUGUUGGAGGUGGUGGAGCAGAGAGACUCUCUGGUGUCUCUGCUGGAGGAACAAAGACAGCAGGAAAGACAGGAAGACCAGGACCUGGAGCAGGUCAUGAUGACCCAAGGACUGGGACUCACUUGGACCUGACCUGGUCUGCAGUGAUGUCAUAAUGACAUCAUCAUUAAAGGAGCUCAUGUUACUGUGAAAAAGUGAGCCGAGGAGGAAGUCCAGACCUCCUGAGAUCGUCUGUACAAGCACGUUCACCUUAAAUAUAUAUUUAUAUACCACAUAUAUACUUAUACUCACAGUAUUUACGUUACUAUUCAUACUGUAAGUAUAAAUAUAUCUGCCAUAUUUAUAUUUUAUAUAAAAUAACAUUUAAAUAAUUUAAACGUCUUAACGUCACAAAGCUGAAAUUGUUCCUCCAUUUUGUUUCAUGACAUCAGCAGGGGGCGUUAACGAGUACAAUUAACCCUGUUAUGUAUUUGAGUUACUGUGCCAACAGCUCACCCAUCCAGAGCUCACCUGGGUGCCUUAUUUCACCUGAUCGCCUGCUGAAUAAUGUUAAUUACCUCUUCCUGUUUAAAGUCAUGUGACUGUGAUGUCACUUUCUCAUCUGAUGCUAACAAGCUAACACAAACAGUUUGUUGUGUGACGUGUCAGAGGAUCACACCGUGUUUUAUUAAACAUUUCUUACUCAGGUUUGUAUUGAGCUGUGAUUGAAUGGAUGACUAAAGUUCAGCUUCAAAUAAAUGGGGAUGACCUGAGCCAGCACUAA